UAAAUACUGCUGGAGCCACUGCUGUACUCUACUACCUAAUCUAAUUGAUUAAAAAUUAAAACUUCAAAAAAACAAAAAUAAAAAAAGCAAAGCAAUUCCAACAAAUAUAGAGAUUUAAAGCUCACCUUUUUUGCUUGCUUUGCUUCCUUCACAUUCUUCUUUGAUAUCCAUAACCAGACACCAGUAAUUCUGGUUGUUGCUUCUUUUAACUCUCCCACCCAUCUCUUCAAAUUCAAAACCCUAGAAAACCCAUUCUUCUUCUUGAAGCCCCUCUCUCUCUCUCUCUCUCUCUCUCUCUCUGUGCUGGGUUUUCAGAUCGUGCUGCUGAAAUCUCAGCUCGCUCGCCGAUCUGCUCCGUCUCCGCCGAGUCGGUUAAAUGGGCGGCUCCGACGGUUCGCGUCGCUGAAAUGUUGGCUGUUGCUGACCGCGAUUUCGAUGCUCGUCGGCCAAAAUGUCGGCCUCUUUAGCUGCUUUUGAGCGCCCAAGACCUGGAGGUUCUAAUACGGUCUUCAAGAGUGGCCCACUUUUCAUAUCUUCGAAAGAGCGAUGACUUAUGAGGAGAGCAGGAAGAGUGCAUUGAGCUCUAUUUGAUUUUGAUUGUGUCCCCCGCCGCCCUUAACGUUUCAACCGGAAUCUAAUGUUACGCCUGGCUCCCAAUCUUGUACGAAGAACCUCAUCUAGAACCCCUGCAGCCUCACCCUCCUCUCUCAAUUUCUCAGUAUGUUUGUUGCUUCGAAACACUUUCCCUCAAUGCCAACAAGGAGACCACCCUUUCCAGAAACGUUAUUUCUGUUGGGGGUCGAAGGCGUCGAGCCCCAGCCUCUCCAUAUGGAGGCGCAGGAAAGAGAUGGGGAAGGAGGGUCUUAUCGCGGCUAAGGAGCUCAAGAGGCUCCGCUCCCAUCCUCUCCGCCUCAACCAGUUCAUACGCUCAAACGUGUCCCGCUUGCUCAAGUCCGAUCUUGUAGCUGUUCUCGCCGAGUUCCAGAGACAAGACCAGGUCUUUCUCUCCAUGAAGAUAUAUGAUGUGGUCCGUAAAGAAAUUUGGUAUCGACCAGACAUGUUCUUUUACAGGGACAUGCUUAUGAUGCUUGGAAGAAACAAAAAGGUAGAUGAAGCAAAGCAGGUUUGGGGAGAUCUGAAGAGAGAGGAAGUUCUGUUUGAUCAGCAUACUUUUGGGGAUAUUAUCAGGGCUUUUCUAGAUAAUGGAUUGCCCUCGGAGGCAAUGGAGAUAUAUGAUGAAAUGAGACAAUCUCCUGAUCCCCCAAUCUCACUGCCUUUUAGAGUAAUAUUGAAGGGGCUUCUUCCAUACCCAGAAUUGAGGGAGAAGGUGAAAGAUGACUUCUUGGAGCUAUUUCCUGAUAUGAUCAUCUAUGACCCACCCGAAGACUUAUUUGAAGAUCAAGAAUGUAAAAGAGAAAAUGAAGAUGAUUAGAUAGUGCUGCUAUACUUAUACAUGCUCUAUAUGAGAGAAUCCUUUCAUUUGCAGAAGCUAAAUCCAUUGGCAUGGCUAGAUGCACCCUCAGUUUCCUGUCGAGCACGAAACCAGGAGUUAAGUGGGUCUUUUGCAGCAGCGGUUCAUUGUGUAGCAAUGAAUGGCCCUAGUUCUGGUUCGAAGAAUUUGGUGGUGCGUGUUUGGGAUGUCAUAUAAAAAAACAGUCGGGCAGAAUUAGAUAUGCGAUCCUAGUUUUUUGUUUUCUUUUUGUGGCUUUUGGGUCCAUAUAGUUUAUGUUUUCCUUUUCAAAUCACUACAAUUUAUGUAAAUUAGUUUUCGACUGACCUUGAUCACAAUUGAGAGCGUAGUUUUGGACUAACUUAUUAAUAAGGACGUAUCAUACUGUGAAUUUAGCAACGGGGACAUCAUGUUGGUCAUGUUGGAUUACUCGCCUUGAGAUUUUGAA